AUGAACACAGAACAUAACAAUUCAUAUUUUAAAAAGUUGUACUGUAAAAAUAAUACCCCUUGUAGUAUUCCAAGAAAUUUUAAUUUAGAAAAUGAUGUAUUAAUAAAAAAGUUGGAAGACAAUCAUGAAAAUACAGCUAAUAAGAAUAAUUUUAAUAAAAAUUUAGGAAAUUUAAUUUAUAAUAUCUCCAAACUUAUACUUGAAAAUACAAAUAAAAAUAAUACAGCGCCUGCUGAACCGAAUUUACCACUAAGUAAGGAUAGCAGUAAAAGUAAUAGUAAUUGUAAUAUAAAUAAUAGUAACAGUAAUAGUAAUAACAGUAAUAGCAGUAAUAACAGUAAUAGCAGUAAUAGCAGUAACAACAACAGCAGCAGCAAUAGUAACAGCAAUAGUAAUAAUCAUUAUAGAGAAAUGAGCGAUGCACCUGUUAGAGUUUAUAUUGAUAGUUCAGAAAAUAAUAAUUUAUUUGUUAUUGAUGAAAAAAAGGAAGUUCAUCAAAUUUUAAACAACAGAACAACGGAUUAUUAUAAAAAAGAUGGGAAAUUCAAAUUUUUAAAUAAUAAUAAAUACAAUGCUAAUACUGUUAAUUCUGUCACUAAUGUGUUAAACGGUAGCAUUAAAAAUGAUAAUUCAAAAGGUGCAGAAAAUAAAUUCAACUUUUUUACGCACACGAAUACCUGUAGGCACACUAUUAAUGAACAAAAGGGAAAUUUUAUUAAAUACAGUCCUAACAAUUUAGUAAACAUGCCAAAAUGUGAGGAAGAAAAUUAUAAAAGGGAAAAUAAUAUUUUUUCGAAUUUUCAUAUCAAUGAUACGAAAAAUGGUGCAACAAAUGAAGCAAUAAAUGGCGUAAUAAAUGAAGCAAUAAAUGACGCAAUAAAUGGCACAAAAAAUGAAGCAAAAUAUGAUCCAAAAUAUGACCCAAUAAAUGGCCCCAAAAAUGGUGCAAAACUGGAUUAUAAAAAUACGCAUCUUCCAAUUUAUCAAAAUUUAAAUUACACAGAAGAAGAAAAAGCGGUAAAAAAUUAUAAAUUACAAGAUGAGAAUGGGCCCCUUCCUAUAAAAGAAUACAAAGGGAAUAAUGAAAAAAUGAAUCAUAAUAAUAUGGACAACCAAAUUAUUAAAGACAUUAUAAGUAAAUCAAAUAAUAAUUUUAAAAGUAUUGUAAUAACCAAUGUUUUCCUUGGGAAUAUACCACCAAAUAUAACGGAAGAAAGGUUAAAAAAUGUGCUGGAGAUAUUUGGCUAUAUAAUUCAUAUUGAGUAUAAAUGGUCUAUCGAUAAAUGGUCAUAUGCAUUCAUUUAUUUUAUUGAUGAAAAAUGUGCUAUAAAUGCAGUUAAUAUUCUAAAUCAGAAAAAAUUUUUUGAUAAUUCCCCGAAUCAUAAAUUAAUAUGCUUUAUUGUUUCGAAACAAGUUCCUAAUCAAAAUACCUUGCAUUAUAGCAGAGCAAACUUUUCCUUGUUAAAAGAUGGACCUCCAGGUGCAAACUUGUUUCUGUACGGAAUACCGCUAAAGUGGACAGAGCUGAAUUUAAUACAGCUGGUAAAUAAAUAUGGGCACGUUGUAGGGUUGCGAAUUCCAUACAUUAAUAAUGAUAAUGAUAAGAAACAAGGAAAUCGAGGUUUUGGUUUUGUAUCAUAUGACAAUAAAAAAUCAUCUAUUGAAGCUUUUGAAGAGCUAUCAAAAAUGUAUAUUCAUGGAAAGCUCUUAAAAGUUCAAUUAAAAAAUGGUGAAGAGCAUUUAUUACCUGCCAAAUUAAAAAGUAUAUAUAAUGCUAAUAAGAAUAAAGUGAAAGAAACGAAUAAUGCAAAAACUGCUCAAAGUUUAGUAAGUACAACUGAUACUUUAAAAACCCUUAAUUCCAUAAAUUCUACAGAUAUUAAAAAGAAGCCUAAAAACAACAAAUAUACUGGCAGUAAUAACAUAAAAACUACAAAUUUUAUAGUACCAUAUAAAAAUAAAAUAAUUAAUGAACCAAGUAAUAGAGAUACUAAUAAAAAUACUCCUCACGGUUCUACGUCUGACGCUAAUUGUUCAAUCGAUUUAGUAGAUAAUGCAUUAAAAAACAAUUUUUCACUAAACAGUUCAAAUGAUUGUGAUUUCCCUUCUUCCAAUUUUUCAAACUCAAAUUUUUUUAAAAAUACUUCGUGUAAUCUUCAUAAAUAUGAUACAGCAAAUAAAAAUAUUAAUAACCAUAUUCCAAAUUUUUUAUAUAAUAAUAUUUCAAGUAAUGUAUCUAGUGAAUUUGAUAGAGAUAAAAUAUGUUUAUAUGACUCCAGUGAAGGCAUCUAUGAAGCUAAUAGAGCAAGUAACGCUUAUGAUACGUGUAACACAAGUAAUUUGAAUAACGCGAAGCGCAUAUUGAACAACGUUUGUUUAGAUUUCAUAAAUAAAGGUGAACAUACGAACUCAAAUUCAGGUGAAAAUAUAAGCGCAAGUGUAAACCCAAUUAAUCUAAAAAACGAGAAUAACUAUUUGAACAACUCUGAUAACAAAAGCAACAAACCAAAUAUGAACAAUGAGAUUUCAACAUAUGAUUACAUGAUAUUCAAUAAAUUCGACUAUUUUAAUGUAUGUGUGGAUAACAACAACUUAAUAGAGAGAGGGAAAAAAUUUAUAUGGAAAAAAAGAAAUAUUCAGCCUGUAGAACAGAUAGGAAAAAAUAUAAGUAAAUCUUUUACGUAUCCAAAUAAAGCAGAAAUAAAGAGGUAUCACCCGAAUGUAAGUAGUAGCAAUAGUAAUAAUAGCAAUAGCAAUAGUAAUAAUAGCAAUAGUAAUAGCUAUAUUAAUAGCGAUAGUAAUAGCUACAUUAAUAGCAACAGUAAUAGCUACAUUAAUAGCGAUAGUAAUAGCUACAUUAAUAGCUAUAUUAAUAGCGAUAGUAAUAGCUACAUUAAUAGCAAUUGUAAUAGUAACUGUAAUAGUAGUAACUAUAUCAAUAGUAAUAGCAAUAACUAUAUUAAUAGCAAUAGUAAUAGCAAUAUAAAUAGCAAUAGUAAUAGCAAUAUAAAUAGCAAUAGUAAUAGCAAUAUAAAUAGCAAUAACAAUACUCUUGAUAAGAAUCAUAUUACUAAACUAAAUAAUUUGAAAAAUAAAACUUAUAACAUGCAAAAAGAUAUAACCUUGUGCAAUUCAAAUGAAAUACAAAAUAUUAAUGUCAAUGUGUGUAAUAAUUUUUUUGUGAAUGAUGUCAAGAUAUUUCCACCUCCAAAUAAUGAGAUGAAUACAACUCAAAAUGUGCAAGCUUAUAAAAAUGGUAAUUCCAUUUAUCCUUUUAAAAAAACAAAAAGUGGAAUGCAGUUGUGUGAUAAAAGCAGAAACAUAAGUUCUUUUUUAAACGAAAUUUGGUAUAAUAGUAGUAACAAUACUGGCAAAAACGAUAUGCAUAUUAAUAAAAGAGAUAAUGUUUACAAUGAUGAUGAAAAGAGCAGCAACAGUAAAAACAGUUGUAACAGUAGUAACAGGAAUGGUGGCAGUAUUCAUAGCAGCAUCAACAACAAUAUCAAUAAUAUCAACAACAGAAUCAAUAACAAUAUCAACAACAAUAUCAACAACAAUAUCAACAACAAUAUCAACAACAAUAUCAACAACAAUAUCAAUAACAGAAUCAAUAACAAUAUCAAUAACAGAAUCAAUAACAGCAUUAACAACAGCAUCAGUAACAGUAACGAUGAUAUCAAAUAUAACUAUAAUGCGCAAGAUGCUCAAACAAAAGAGAUGACUAAUCUUAACCAAAUUAAAAGAGAUUUUUUCUCUAAAAAAAGUGUAAAUAAUUGCGACAACGAUGAAAGGGAAUAUAACAGUAGGAAUUGGGCAAACAUAUAUAACAAUAAUUUUAGUAUUAAUUUUGAACAUGAGGAACUCCGCAAUGUGUUCACGAAUAGUAUUAGCAAUAAUAGCAGUAAUGAUAAUAGUAGUAGUAGUAGUAGUAGCAAUAAUAGGAAUAAUAGGAAUAACUACAACGAUAAUAGCAACAGCAGCAAUGGGAAUAGCAGUAGUAACAAUAAUAGCUUAAAAAAUAUGCAGCUCUUUUUCACCUUUUUAAACACAUACGCAAAGGAACACUCAUUAAAUAUAGAUGAUUAUGUUAAUAAGGAAAAUAUGCAAUUGCAUGAAGUGCUAAAUGGUAAAUAUGACAAUCAAGUGGAUAAAAAAAAAUUAGAUUAUUUAUUAAUAGCACAUCUAUUAAUAAAUAAGGAAAAUAAGAAACAAAAUGAAAUACAAAAUGAAAGACGAAAUGGAAUACAUAAUGAAACACAAAAUAAAAUACAAAAUAAAAUACGAAAUGGAACACAAAAUGAAAAAUCACUUGAAAAAACGAACGAUAAAGAACAAGAAAAUUAUAACUCCAUUUCUCGUUUAAAACAAAGUGAAGUUGGUCAUAUGGUGCAUUCAGGAAAUACCGAUAUAUGUUGUUCUAAUAAUUUGAACUCAAGUUUUUACGAACGUAAGGGCCCAUGUAAAAAUAAUAUACUUGAACAAGUAAAUGCAAAUUACGCAGAAUACAAUAACGACAAAAUAGAUCGUUACUUAAACGAUAUAUAUAUGUAUGGUGAUUAUAUGAACAAGUAUAGUUAUGAUAAAUCUAUGUUUACUAAUGAAAUGAAUAAUGAUGAUAAAAACAUUAAUAAAUGA